GCUUACGUGCGAUUAGAUCAUGCAGGAUUUUACUAUAUAGACGAAGUCAACUUGUUCAUGUUCUAUGUGCCAUAAAGAUGGUUGGUGAAAAUCUAGCGUGAUCGUUGCACGCAUACCAUUUACCGUGCCUAGUCUGCCUAAUUCACUCUUCACGGUACCAAUAUCUCAAUCAUCCCAGCCUUUCCCGUCUAAUCCAUUACCGAUGGCGAUAACAGUUUUAUCAACAGUACCGUUUGCUUCAUCGACCGCCGAUAAGGGCUGACCGCAUAUUUUUCGUACGGUGAACGCAAGCAUAAUUCAUGUAACGCAUGCAGAAAGCGUUAGCUUAGCCGUCUAAUGCCCCUUUCGCACGGUUAACUUUGCGCAGGCGGUCCAUAGUACGGGGCAAAACGGCUGUUGUGAAUUAAAGAUUAGAGAUUGCAAAAGGCAACAAGCGAUGGAACUAAUUUUUACUAGCGAUAGGCUUUCUGCUGGAAAAAUACAAAACAAACAUCAAAAUAACACACAGUGGAAGCGGCAGUGAAGCAGUGUCGAUCGGUAGCUUCGUACGGUGUGGAGUUUGCUCUGCCCGCUCUUGACGGUUGAGCGGUUGUUUAUUGUGUGCUGAUCGGUUGGUGUGCGUGUCUAUUGCUAACGUGCCGAUCACGCACCCACACACGCACGAGCGCGGGGUUGAAGCGGACAGUCGUCCAGUUAACGACUUCUCGGACGGUCAGGGUUAAGCUGUUUGGCAUUGGAUACAGUGGCGAAUGAAAAAGAAGCUAGAGAUCUAAGAAUGCUUUUGAUCAAAAUAUUGUGAACAAUAACAUCUUCAGCUCUAAAAAAAUCACAUUUUUGUCUCUUGAAAAAAAACCCGCAUUACAUUUACAAAUGAUACCAGUUACUAACUUAAAACAAUCAACCAUAAAAACACUGCCCUCAGACGACCCAGUUGGUGGCGCAAUAAUUAAUUAAAAACCCAAACUUUCUCCCGCUGCUGGGGCAAACGGCUCCGAAGCGUAACGCCACUCCACAGUCCCAAGCUCGUAACGCUGCGGAACAAGAGAGAGGCGUGCGCAUUGGAAAGGGACGGCUGGCACGUGCAGGUGUAGGAAUUUUUGGAAGCUGAAACGAGUUUAGCUGUGGUCCGAUUCCGAUACCGUCAGUUCGAGACCCGACGUCGUUGCUCGCACUGUUGUUUUUGCUGUGAGAGAUCGACCCUCCAGGGUGUAAACAGUUAUUUCAAAGUGUUGGUACAUCUCGGUCCUGCUCUGUUCUAUCAACCAUCAACCAUCAAGCGAUCAACAUGACGAGUUCGCCGUUCGCCACCAUUAACGAUGCAGCUCUGCGAUCGUACAUCUUUUGGUCCUCGGUGCUGGUGAUGAAGAUGUUGUUCAUGUCACCGCUAACGUCACUGAACCGAAUUCGGAAGAUGGCAUUUGCCAGUCCCGAAGACACCAGAGUGAUCAGCAAGAAGCUAGUGCCCAAGUACGACGAUCCGGACGUGGAGCGUGUGCGCAGAGCGCAUCAGAACGAUCUGGAAAACAUUCUGCCGUUCUUCGUCAUCGGCUUCCUGUACCUGUUGACCAAUCCGGCACCGUGGCUGGCCAUCAAUCUGUACCGCUUAGUGGCCGCCUCGCGCAUAUUGCACACGAUCGUGUAUGCCGUCGUGGUCAUUCCUCAGCCGGCCCGCUUCCUUGCCUUCGUGGGUGCGAUGAUGCCAACGGCCUACAUGACCCUGCAGACGAUACUGUACUUCAUGCUGUAGGCGGUGGUGAUGGAUCAGUUGAUUAGAAGCAAGGAAUAAAUAUUUACUGCCGGGUGAGGCUAUGGUCGGUUUUCAGGGAAACAA